AUGGCUACACUGACGCUAACGGAAGCAAAAAGCAAAAGAACUCACAUAAAGGCCGCAAGCACACGCCUAAAAACCUUUAUAGAAGGAUUCCGAAUAGAGCAGGGAUCGAAACAUGAAAUUACAGAGCGCAAACGAAAGUUAGCAGAAUUAUGGACACAGUUUGACGCGAUUCAGUCAAUAAUAGAAACUUUCAAAAACUCGGAACCAGAUGCCGCCAAAGAGGUUAUUCUAGCACAACAAGUGCAGCAGCGCGAAAGUUUUGAGAGUUCUUAUUAUGCCCUUAUGGCAGCCCCGCCCCCCGUAACUAAUCGCUCAGCUAAUUCCAGAGAAAACCGAGUGCGUCUUCCCAAAAUAGAUCUACCGGUCUUUUCAGGAUCCUACGAAGAUUGGUAUUCAUAUUACGAUACCUUUGGAAAAUUAAUUCAUGCCAAUGAUAAUUUAACCACUAUAGAGAAGUUCCAUUAUUUACGGUCAUCCUUGAAGGAUAAAGCAGCUGAAGUAAUAAAGUCCAUUGAGACCACCACUGAUAAUUACGAGGAAGCCUGGGCGGCUGUAAAGGAACGCUUCGAUAAUAAAAGAUGGAUAGUUCAGAGACACAUCAGAAGCAUUUUCGAAGCACCAGCUAUUACUAAGGAAAAUCAUACAACCUUACGCGAAUUGCUGGAUACCAUACUCAAGCAUAAGGGCGCUAAAGGCGCUAAAAAGGCCGACUGA